AUGGGGAACAAACAGACCAUCUUUACAUCCCAGCAACUGGACGCAUAUCAGGACAACCCGUUCAGGCAGAGGAUCGCUGAGGUUUUUUCAGAGGAUGGAGAAGGAAACAUGACUUUGGACGACUUUCUGGACAUGUUUUCAGUGCUGAGUGAAAUGGCUCCACGGGACCUGAAGGCAUAUUACGCUUUUAAAAUCUAUGACUUCAACAACGAUGACUUCAUCUGUAAAUCAGAUCUGGAGAAAACCUUAAAUAAGCUGACGCGUAACGAGCUGACCGAGGAUGAGGUGAGGAUGGUGUGUGAGAAGGUGAUUGAUGAAGCUGAUCUGGACAAUGACGGCCGUCUGUCUCUAGAGGAUUUCCAGCACAUGAUCAUGAGAGCGCCUGACUUCAUCAGCACCUUCCACAUCAGGAUAUGAAGAUCAUCUGGACACUGAACCACAGGAAAAUUACUUUCUAAAGAUGAUGUAAGAGCUUUCGCUGCAGAUUCAGAAGUCAGGUACAGAUGUUGGCUUACAUUACCAAUUUAAAACACAGAAAUAAAGAAGG